UGUAGAUUGUGCUCAGUCUCUUCUAACAAUGCGAGGGAAAUGUCACGUUUAAAGAGAGCUCUGUGUUUCCUAUGCUGCCUUAGGGCAGAAACGGAGGCAGAGGAGGACCAUGACUAUACAAACAUGCUAGAGAGAGCAAGGUUACAUCGGGAGACAUGGCGUCUGAACGAACUGGCCCGACUCAAAAUUGAGUUGGAGAGCCAAGGCAGGGUCCAGCAACCUGACCAGGCAUCACAAGACCUUGCUACUAAGGCAUCUAGAGGGGACAGUGUGGAGAUAGAAGAUGUGGAGAGGAAAAGAGCACUGGAACAGGAGAGAGAGCAGGAGGAGAGAGUGGCCCGUCUGAUGGAGAUCAGACGGCAAAAGCUGCAGAGGACAUUUCAAGCAGAGAAGCUCCGUAUGGAACUGGCUGCUGUUAUGGUUCUUCAGUCUGAAGUCAGGAUGGGCACAGUCUUGAUCAGUCAGGGUGUCAAUGGGACCUCCAAUUAUGUAAUCUGGAAGGGCUCUGCUAACAUCAUCUCCAACCGCAAGGGUGUGAUGACUACCCUGCAUGAGGGACAGGACCUGCUGGCCCCCUUUAAGAGAAGGCCUCAAGUGGUCAGGCCAGAGCAUGUCUGCCAUUUCCUCCGAGUAGGAAAUAGGGAUUUUAUGAGCAUCCUCAAGGAUGUGAAUGCAAACAUGGUGCAUGUUGAGGAGAAGGGCGAACCAGCACUCAUCCUAAAGAGGAGCUCCGAACAGGUGUUUGCUCCAGGUGCACCAGAACAUGCAUCCUGCAGCAAUAAGUUCUUGGUGAAGUUGGGGACACCUGACACAAUUCUCCAGUUCCUGCUCUUCUCAAUGAACCCAGAUACUCCAGAUGACCAGAUGGAUCCAUUUGUUUGCAGUUUCCUGCUCACAUAUUAUGUAUUCAUGACACCUGAAGAGCUGUGCUCCGCUCUGCUGAAGCAUCUCCAUUCUGAGCCAUCAGUGGACACUGGGCUGGUGCAGGUCAAAGAGAGAGUAGUGACGCUGGUCGUCCAGUGGGUGGCACUGUAUGGCCUUCUCCUGCUGGACAACCCUGCAGUGGUUCACUUCUUGGAGAAGCUGUCAAAACAGGUGAAAGGCCAUGCACAUCUCCGCAUGCUGAGAGAUUACAUCAGUGCAAGGAGAUAUCUCUUAUUGGACAAUGGACAAUGGACUAAGAAUCAGACCUCAAAUAGGGGACGUCAAGUUGACUGGUCCCUGGUUUGGAACAAACAUUAUCAAACAACCCGGCCAAUCAGGAUGAAGGACAAAGUGUUGCUAAAGGUCUACAGGCAUGACCACAGCUUUACGUCUGUGAGGAUGCCCCUCAACGCCUCUGUAGAGGAUGUCAUGGCUGCCUUGAAAGCCCCAGUAGGAGACAACAUGCUGAUAAGGUUGAAGUCCUCUGGAGCAAGGGAGCAGCUCAAGAUGGAUGCCAGGGCCAUCUCCAUUCUGGGCAUCAAUGAGAGGCUGUUCCUCUGCUCUGCCAGCCAGGCUGCUGAGCUGACGCCCCUGCAGGGGCAGCUCGGCCCAAAGGCAAACAGGAGCACGCUGGAGAACAUGAGCGCCAAGGCCAUGGCAGCCCAGCUCACCAGCUAUGACUGGGAGCUCUUCAGUGCCAUGCAUGAGACGGAGCUACUCUAUUAUGUGUUGGGGAGAAAGCAAUUCCCCAACAGCCUAACAGCGAACUUGGAGCGCUUCAUACGCCGCUUCAAUGUGGUGACAUACUGGGUGGUCACAGAGCUCUGUCUGUGUGCAGAGCUCUCCAAGCGAGCUCGGCUGAUGAGGAAGUUCAUCAAGAUGGCCACAGUCCUGUAUCGUGAAAAAAAUAUGAACUCAUUCAUGGCUGUAAUGUAUGGCCUGACAAACAGUGCAGUGUCUAGACUGCAUAAAACCUGGAAGAAAGUGCCAAAAGCACAGCUGAAGCGGUUCAGGCAAUAUGAGCUCAUACUGGAUCCAUUCCGUAACCAUGACGCACUGAGGCAAGUGGUGGCUAAGCUUGACCUACCAUAUAUCCCAUAUCUGCCCCUCAUUUUAAAAGACCUAACAUUCAUAAAUGAAGGGAACAAAACAAGACAAGACAAUCUUGUGAACUUCGAGAAAAUGAAUUUAUUUGCCAAAACCUUAAAGAUUGUGAAAGACUGCCGGAAUCAGCCCUACUUACCCAUUGUACCACAACGUGGCGGCACAAAGAAAGGCACUGGCCUUCACAACAUACAGAAGCCCUCGUGUAAGAAGCCCUCAUGUAAGUAUGCAUAUCCUGAGCAGUUCCAUAAUAGCAGAAAACUGCACGUAAUUAGUGACCAGCUGAAGCUGACCCAGCUCUCCAGGGCCAUUGAGCUGUGAGGGCUAUUUUACAGCAAAAUAAAGAUGAAUUCAACAACAGAAAAA